GCGGGCCGCAUAGAGCAAGGGCCGCAAGCUCUCCCGCUUUCAUGAUUCCGCCAUAUUCCCCGCCUUAAUGUUACAGUUUUGUAUUCGAAGCAUUGGAUUUCACUUCGCUCAAAUCGCUCGAUUUCAAUUCAGAAACUACGUUCGAAGUACAGAGAAAAAUUCUGCCGUUCACAUCAACCUCCUCACCCUGUGCUUCAACGCUCAAUCGCUUCGUCAAACCAAAGAAGUCCACGCCAUUUGCCUUCUCAAUGGCUUGCUUCCUCAUAGUGUAUCACUCUGUGCUUCCCUUAUUCUUAAUUACGCCAAGUUUCAACACCCAGAAUCGUUCUGUACUCUGUUCCAUCAAACUGUCCAGAAUUGUCGUACUGCGUUCCUGUGGAAUACCUUGAUUCGCGCUCACUCCAUUGCUGGGAAUGGGACGCUUGAUGGGUUGCAGACGUACAACAGGAUGGUUCGACUCGGUGUUCAACUCGAUGACCAUACAUUUCCUUUUGUUCUCAAGAUAUGUUCUGAUUCGCUUGAUAUUUGCAAAGGUAUGGAGGUUCAUGGGGUUGUGUUUAAGUUGGGUUUUGAUUCUGAUGUCUAUGUUGGCAAUACGCUGCUGAUGCUGUAUGGGAAUUGUGGGUUCUUAAAUGAUGCUACGAAGGUGUUCGAUGAAAUGUCUGAGAGAGAUGUCGUCUCGUGGAAUACGGUUAUUGGGCUCCUUUCAGUUAAUGGGGAUUAUAGGGAGGCUCGUAACUAUUACUUUUGGAUGACUUUGAGGUCCGGAAUUCAACCAAAUUUGGUGAGUGUUAUCAGUCUUUUGCCGAUUUCUGCUGGCCUUGAAGACGAGGAGAUGACAAGACGAAUUCAUUGUUACAUUGUGAAAGUUGGUUUGGAUUCUUUGGUAACCUCUUGCAAUGCACUUGUCGAUGCGUAUGGGAAAUGUGGGAGUGUGAAAGCUUCAUGGCAAGUUUUUGAUGAGAUAAUUGAGAAGAAUGAAGUCUCAUGGAAUUCAAUCAUCAAUGGUCUAACUUUUAAGGGUCAUUUCUGGGAUGCCUUGGAUGUUUUUAGGACGAUGAUCGAUGCAGGAACUAAACCGAACUCGGUCACCAUUUCGAGCAUUCUUCCUGUGUUUGUUGAGCUUGAAUGUUUCAAAGCAGGAAAAGAAAUUCAUGGGUUCAGUAUGAGAAUGGGAACAGAAACUGAUCUUUUCACUGCCAAUUCCCUGAUCGAUAUGUAUGCCAAGUCUGGUCAUUCAACUGAGGCAUCUAGCAUAUUCCACAGCAUGGAUAGAAGGAAUAUAGUUUCUUGGAACACUAUGAUCGCUAAUUAUGCGCUAAAUGGGGUCGCGUUGGAAGCAAUAAGAUUUGUAAUACUAUUGCAAGAGAGUGGAGAACGCCCUAAUGCAGUGACCUUUACCAAUGUUCUUCCUGCUUGUGCACGUUUGGGUCACCUUGGUCCUGGCAAAGAAAUACAUGCCAUGGGCGUUCGUUUAGGACUAACAUCUGAUUUGUUUGUAACCAAUGCUCUGACCGACAUGUAUGCGAAAUGUGGUUGCUUUCGUUCUGCUCGAAAUGUGUUCAACACGUCCCAUAAAGAUGAAGUUUCUUAUAACAUAUUAAUUACAGGAUAUUCUGAAACAAACGAUUGCUUGGAGUCUCUGAAUUUGUUCUCAGAAAUGAGGCUGCUUGGUAAAAAGCCUGAUGUCGUUUCCUUUAUGGGGGUCAUAUCAGCUUGUGCAAACCUAGCCGCAGUCAAGCAAGGUAAAGAGAUUCAUGGUGUUGCAUUAAGAAAUCAUCUUAACUCUCAUCUAUUUGUCUCAAACUCCCUAUUGGACUUUUAUACAAAAUGUGGAAGAAUUGAUCUUGCUUGUAAGAUCUUCAAUCAAAUUCUAUUCAAAGAUGUAGCAUCUUGGAAUACUAUGAUUUUAGGAUAUGGAAUGAUAGGAGAGUUGGAAUCUGCAAUUAAUAUGUUUGAAGCAAUGAGGGAUGAUAAAGUGCAAUAUGAUUUAGUUUCAUAUAUUGCAGUUCUGUCAGCUUGUAGUCAUGGAGGACUAGUUGAACGUGGUUGGCAAUACUUCAGCGAGAUGUUGGAUCAACAUCUUGAACCCACCGAAAUGCACUAUACAUGUCUGGUUGAUCUACUCGGCCGUGCUGGUUUCGUAGAAGAGGCAGCAGAGCUGAUUCGGCGACUACCGAUAGCGCCCGAUUCAAAUAUUUGGGGAGCUCUACUUGGUGCUUGUCGAAUUUACGGAAACGUUGAACUAGGGUGUAAGGCAGCAGAGCAUUUAUUUGAGCUAAAGCCUCAGCAUUGUGGAUACUAUAUUCUUCUUUCAAACAUGUAUGCAGAAACAGGAAGAUGGGAUGAGGUAAACAGGAUUAGGGAACUUAUGAAGUCUAGAGGAGCGAAAAAGAGCCCUGGCUGUAGUUGGGUUCAGAUUCAUGGCCAGCUGCACGCUUUUGUGGUUGAUGAUCGAGCAGAGGGAUUUGAAUUCGUUUGAUCUGAUAUGUUAUUACAAUGUCAAAU